CCUAACCUUUUUUUUUUUUUAAAAAAAAAGAAAAAAAUUUUACAUUCCUUUACUUUUUCUCACCACAAACCGCUAAAGAAUAAACUUCUUAUCGCGGUGUGAACACGCCUAAAGAUAAAGUUCUUUAAAUAACUUAUAAUCUUUAUUCUACCUCCUCCUUCCAUCUCUCUCAUAUCAAUAAAUUCUUAACAUGAAAUAUUCUAUUAUUUUAUUCACUAUUUGCUUUGCUCUUGCGGUAGCUACCGCAACUAGUGCAGCCACAUUAGCAUCCAAGAAGAGAAGUUUGAUUAUUGGAAAAGGCGAUUGGGUUUCCUCAAGAGCAGUCAAUGGUUUUGUUAAACGUGCCAAGAAAGAUGAUAACAACAAAGAAGACGAUAAAAAGAACAAAAAAGAAGAUAACAAGAAUAACGACAACAAAGACGAUAAUAAGAAUAAAGAUAACAAAAAUAAUGAUGAUAAAGAUGAUAAAAAUGAUAACGGAAAAGGCAAGCCUGUUGAUGCCCAGAUAACAUUUUAUUCUGGAGAUAGUCUUAAAAAUUCGGCCUGUUACGGUAACAACGGAUUGAGAAAUUAUGAUGCUAAUGAAAAUGAUAUGAUUGCUGCUAUGCAUAUGAACGAACUUGAAUUGUGUUUUGAUUGCAUUGAAAUUAGAAAUCCUGCGAACAAUAAAAAUAUAAUUGUAAAAGUUAUUGAUAAAUGUGCUGGUUGUCCCCCAGAUGGUAAUAAUGUUGAUUUAACUCCUUUCGCUUUUAAACAAUUGGCUGAUAUUAUCUUAGGCAGAGUCAAUAUUGAAUGGCGUCCUUUGAAUAAAUGUCCAGAUAAAGGAAGAUGGCCAAUUUUCGAAGAAAUUGAUAGAUCUAAUUAGAUUUAAGCAUGUUCUUUUAUUUUUCUCCUUGAAAAGUACUUUUAUCAACUUGAAUUGUACUUUUUUUUCAAAUAAAUAAAUGUUGUCUAUUUUAUAACAAUAAAUUUCACUUUUUUCAUGCAUGUACAGUAGGUAAUGUGCACAUAUAAAAACUCCUUGUUGUACCUUUUUCCGGAUGCUAUUUCCCAAUUUCUGAAUGCUCAUUUUCGAAACUGGAUCAUAUUCCGAAAUUCCAUUUUCCCGAAUGUCACUUUAUCUCAAUUUCCAAUAAAUAAUAAACAAACAUUAGGGAAUUAUUGCGCCGAGAA